UUUUGUUUUUUUUUUUUUUUUUUUCAGAGCACCGAACCUUCUCGACCUCUCGCGACCGGCCGCCCUCCUUCUUCUUGCUCUCCUCGCCGCCCCCUCCCGCCGGUCUCAGCCGUCGCCUUCCUCCCCAUCGUCACCGGCAUCGGCCUCCCCCUCCAAUCUCCCUUAGGAGGUGACGGCGUCGGUCUUCCCUCGGAUCUCCCUCAGGAGUCUCGAUCAGGUGGGCGGGCUCUGGAUGUUUUUUUUUCUCCGCUAUGCUUGCUUCCCUUUCAAAUUUUCCACCAUCCGCCAUCCCUGCCGACCAUUUAAACCCUAUCCAAGAUGAAAAUCCUAACCCUAAGCCUAUACUCAGAAGAAAUCGAAGAUCUUCUCUUCUGCUGUGAAUAGAAUCCUCUACGUUCUCCUCUUCCGUUCAUAAUCGAUCUUUGGCUGCUGAAAGGAGUCUCAAUCAGGUGGGAGGCUCGGAACGGCCGAAUAGCGAAGUUUAGAUCCAUCUCAGUCGGGUGAGAGGCUUGGAGCAACCGAGGAGGAUCACAACCGUCCAUGCAUUCAGAUGCCAGUGUCCUACAUCGUAGUUCAUUACUCGAGAGUCUUAAUCCGCACGUGCAUUUCAGGUGCACAUUUCUUUCUCUUUCCCAGUAUUUUUUGGGCCAAUUAAGCCGAGAGAGGAGAGGAGGCAAUGGUGAAGGGUUUUUGGGUUCGUUGUGGUGGUCUUGAAGGAAUGGAACCCUAAUCUCCCACUAGAGAACUCCAUUAUGAUCGCGAUCUAAUGAGAAAAAGGAUUGCGAUCUACUGAAGCUGAUUUUAUAUAUUCAUGUUUGGAUAAUGCUUUAUGGCUGGUUUGAGCAACCAAUAAUUUGUUGAGAUAUCAAAGAUUGGUUUUGUGAUAAGGAGAAAGUUGGUGAAGGUGUAGAUGAAAUGUCAAGAUCUGAGGAAGGCGCUCGUAAGGAGACUGCUGUGCCUAAUGUGUCACCAACUUCUAUCAUUACAAAUACCAAUGAAAUGGAUAGAUCGGUAAAGAAUACUAAUGCCAUGAAUGGAUCAAUUGAAAGUGCCAAUAGCACAGGUGGAUCACUUGUUCCAGGUGCAACUGACAAUUCACAAAUAGAACCAAAGGUCGGUAUGAUGUUCUAUUCAGAAGACCGAGCAUACAGUUUCUAUAACUCAUAUGCUAAGAGAAAGGGUUUUAGCGUUCGAAAAGACCAUCUUUCUCGAAGAAGAGAUGGGAGUAUACGGUAUAGACAUUAUGUGUGCAGCAAUGAAGGUAGCCGUCCAGCCCAUCGUGUACAUAUGGCUAGGAAAUCACGUCCAAUUGAGAGAACAAACUGCUUGGCUCGUAUUGAAUUUAAAGUCAAUAAUGAUAAUGUAUGGGUGGUGAAUAAAUUUAUGGAUGAACACAAUCAUCCACUUGCAAGCCCAAAUAAUUCACACAUGUUAAGGUCUCAUAGAAAGAAAUUGCCUGUUCAACGUGCGGUACUUACUAAAUUGGACUGUCAUGGAGUAAAAGCUGCUCAAUUACAUAAUUUUCAGGCAGAGGCAACGCAUUGUACAGAAGAUGCUGGAUUUGUUUUAAGGAACCAAUGCAACCAUUUGAACACAGACAGGAUGAGAGAACUUGACAAGGGAGAUGCACAGUUCCUUUUAGAAUUUUUGAAAGCUAAGCAAUCUGAGAACCCAUCAUUUUUUUAUGCUAUACAACUUGAUGGAAAAGAACGGUUGACUAACUGCUUUUGGGCAGACGCACAGUCAGUUAUUGAUUAUGCCUAUUUUGGUGAUGCGGUCACAUUUGACACAACUUACCGGGCAAGUGGGUAUGAUAUACCUUUUGCACCAUUUAUUGGGAUAAAUAAUCACAAACAAAUUGUUAUAUUUGGUGCUGCAUUAUUAUUAGAUGAAUCCGAAGAAUCAUUUGUCUGGUUAUUGAAGACUUUUUUGGCUGCAAUGUCUGGAAAGCAGCCAAAGACAAUUUUUACUGAUCAGUGUCUUGCAAUGUCAAAGGCGAUAACUAUGUGUUUACCUAACACUCGUCAUCAGUUUUGUUUGUGGCAUAUACUUCAAAAUGCUCCAAUACAUCUUCCCAGUGUUUGCAAUUCAGAACCUCACUUUCAUCGGGAGUUUGAAAACUGCAUCUAUGCCGGUGGCCUAGAAGAUGAUUUCCACAAAAAAUGGGAAAACUUGAUCACUAAGUAUGGUCUCGAAAGCAAUUCAUGGUUAAAGGAUUUGUAUGCAGUACGAGAGCAGUGGGCUCUGGUCUAUCAUGGUAAUUCAUUUUCUGCUACCAUGACAACAAAGCAGUGGGCUGAAAACAUGGAAGGUCUCUUCAAGAUUCAUUUUUAUAGGAAAUUACCUUUCACCAAGUUUAUUAUACAGUAUCUGAAGGCAUUGGUUCAACUUCGCGAUGAGGAACUUCUUGAAGAUUAUGAAUCAUGGCAUACCAAACCAGUUUUAUUUGUUGAAAUACCUAUGCUAAUUGAAGCAGCGGAAGCAUAUACAAGGGUGGUGUAUGAGGAUUUUGAAUAUGAGUACAAGAGCCAACUUGCUUGUCUUUGUGAACCUGUUGGUAUUGAUGGAACAGUUUACACCUUCAGAGUUUAUAUGCCCCAAAAGCAGGGUUAUGGUCUUGUGGAAUUCAAUCCAUCCGAUGUUGUAGUUGCAUGCAGUUGUAAAAAGUUUGAGUCCAUGGGCAUCCUAUGCAUGCAUGCCUUGAAAGUUCUUAACAACAACAAUAUUCUUGACCUUCCAUCUCAGUACAUACUGAGGAGGUGGACAAAGGACGCAAAAGUUGAGGCAGUGUCUAACAGACAUCAAUCUGCUGUUGCUUCUGAUAAUCAAGCAUCUUUGACAUUGCGAUAUAAUCAUGUUUGCCGUAAGGCAAUUGCUAUUGCAGUGAAGAGUGCGGUAUCUAAAGAUGCGCUUGAUAUUCUUGAGCAUGGACUUGAUAGAUUUAUAGCAGAAAUGGAGAAAGUGUUACAUAAUGACUCAACAGGGAAACAAACAGACGAUGUGAAUGUUAAUAGUAUGCCACAGAAUCCUUUAGAGACAAAUCAGAUUUUGUUUCAACGGUUUUGACUUUCGCGCAAAAUGAGUUUAGCCUGCACGGUUCAUCUCUGGUUGUUCCUGUUAGGUGCAAAUUUCCCCUUCUAUCUUACGUGUCACAUGCAGCACACUCAUUUCAUCUCUGGAUUAUUUAAGUGGCUGUGUGCCAAUUGUAAACGUAAUUGAGCUGAUUCUGUUUUUCAUAGUACAGGAACCUUCUUGUAAGCCAGCUCUUUAGGAGCAAGUCAUCUAGAAAUUAAGAUGCGUGUGUAAAUAUAAGUGCCUGCUAAGGCUUUGGUAAUAUCAAAGGCAACUCUUAGGAUCAGCUUAUGUGGAAUUUUAAAUACAACACUUAGUGGUUUCUCUUGGCAUUGUAAGUGUAAAUGAUCUAAAAGUGGUGCUCUCUUGUUGCUGUUCAAGCCUAAACUCUUAGGACUUUGUUUGUGUAGCCGUCUGGAACUUUUAAUAGAAACUAUUUAUGAUUAUAUAA